AUGUCUAAUUUGGCAAUUUUCAAAAAGGACUCUUUCAAAGAGUUUUUAACAAAAAUUUCCCACUUGGAUACCGAUGUACCUAACGACCUCCAGUUUUCUGUAUUUAUUUUCAAAAGCCACCCUACUGCUGGUGGUUAUAAUUUUACAUGCGGUUUUUUAAAUUACAAGAUCGGCUUUGAUGGGCAUAAUUACGUGUAUGAUUUCUCAUCUGAUAUUAAUCUCGAGAGUGAUCUUGAAUUAGAAUACAUGAUCAAUGGCAUUAUAACGGUGAUUCCUAGAAGUAAGAAAUAUUUAUCAGAAGACAUAGCACCCGAUUUCGGCGCAGAAUUCAGAGAUGCGUAUGAAAAUAAAUUUUCCAUUGAACCUAACAUUUUUCAAUCCUCAUUGAAAUUUAAGGAGG